GCACAUGAAACGCGAGUGUAAAAAUUAAUGUAAAAAUCAACAAGUUGCACAUUUUAAGCAAUCAAUUUAUUGCUAAUAAUACAAGUAAUUGCUUUGGUACAAGCUUUAUCUCGAGGGCAAACACCAAAGUGAUGCGGAAAGUUGUGAAAAAUGAAACAGCGGCCAAUGCAGAAACAACACACCGGCCGCAAUAUUCAUAACAAAACACACAUACGUACACACACACGCACUCACACGAACUCACACUCCAGUAUUUUGUUGUAUUGCAACACGCAGUGCAAUUUUUAUUUCAAUUUGAGAUUUAAUGAACAACUUUGCCACUAAAUGGCAGCGAAAGAAUCUUUUCGCGAAAGACAAACUCAGGAAUUGGAGGUUAUAAAGUCGAUUUUCGGCUGCGAUGUGGAAGAUUUGAGGCCACAAAGCAACGAGACGCAAUGGAAGCCGACGGACAUUCGCAUAUUGUUGACACCACUGCGGGACUCGUCCAAUGGCCAGCCACAGGCCUAUGUCUGCACCAAGCUGCACGUAACAUGCCCCUCAAAGUAUCCAAAGCUAGCACCAAAAAUAGUGCUGGAGGAAUCGAAGGGCAUGUCGGAUCAGUUGCUGGAGUCUCUGCUUAAUCAGUUGCAAGCACAAUCCCAGGAGCUGCGUGGCGAGGUUAUGAUCUACGAAUUGGCCCAAACCGUUCAGGCCUUUUUACUGGAGCACAAUAAGCCGCCCAAAGGCUCCUUCUACGACGAAAUGCUGCAGGCAAAGCAAAAGCGCGAACAGGAGCUUCUCGACAUGCAGAAACAAAAAGAAACACUCGAGCGACAAACGCUCAUUGAUGAAGUGGAACGACGCAAAGAGAUUUUCAAAACGGAAGCCAAGAGACGCGGCGAACCAAGACGCAGCAUGAGCGAGUCCAACAAUCGACAUCCCAGCUCAUCUGAAAGCUCCGAGAACUCAUCGCCCUACUAUCGCGGACACACGUAUCCAAACAAGUGUCUCGAUCAUCGAAAUACCGAGACGCUCUACUUUCACAAGAUGGGCAGACAAAUCCAGCGAGGUUGCUGCUUAGGACAUUCUCAACGCGGUUGCAUCGCCUACACGGGCAUCGAUAUGCACAGUGGACAACUGCUCUAUAUAACUGAGUGGAACAUCAAGUACUCGCAGAUCGAGCAGCCGUGCAAUGCCAAUGGCAAGUGUCAUUGGAGCACAGAGUCCAAAUGUGUGGGCAACCAUCGGGUGGAUGAGUUGAUAGCCUCCAUAGAGAAACAGGUUGCAACUCUGUCGCAGCUUCAGCACAAGAAUCUAAUACAGUAUGAGUGCGUGUUGUGCAUCAAACGCAAGGAGGGAUUACUACUUUAUUUGGUACAGGAUUUCCUGCUUGGCACAAGUGUCUUCAGCAUCUCCUCGACAUUGGGCUGGUGCAUGGAUGGUGCUCGAAUGGUGGCCCGCGGUGUGCUGGAUGCCCUAGUUUUUCUGCACAACAAGGGCGUCUCCCAUAGUCAUCUGUUGGACAGCACCGUGUUUAUGGACAAUGCUGGAAACAUACGUUGCACCGAUUUCUCUCUGGUGCCCAAUUUAUUGGAGCUAAUUGGCGGCGCUGGGCAGAGCAGCAGCCGAGGGGAUUUACCAGCAUUGGGUGCCCUCGUGGAGACGCUGAUGCCCACGAACAGCUACGAGAUGCGCGACUUUGUGGACAAAUGCAAUUCGGAUCGCACGCUGUCUGCCUCGGAGUUGCUGGAACAUCCCUUUCUGCGCCUUUAUGUGGACAAUGCCCAGCAACACAUGACGCUGCAGCACACACAGCAUCGCAACUCCUUGGUGCCUCAAACCGUGCCCACUCCAAUGCCCGUGCAACGUGCUGUGGUUCCCUUUCAAAUUCCCACGCUGGCGUUGAGUCAAUCUCGAUUACGCACCGAGUUCGAGGUGCUCAUGUAUCUAGGUAAAGGCGCCUUUGGCGAUGUACUUAAAGUGCGCAAUAUUCUGGACAAUCGGGAGUAUGCCAUUAAGCGUAUACCACUGCCAGCUCGUAGUCGACAGCUUUACAAGAAGAUGACACGUGAGGUGGAGCUGCUGUCGCGUCUGAAUCAUGAGAAUGUUGUGCGUUAUUUCAACAGUUGGAUUGAAAGUGUCAGCGAUGCGGAUGCCGCUGAAUUGGAUAAGGUCUUGGGCGGCGAUUGGUCACAAAGUCAAGAGCUGAGCACAAAGCCAGGCAAGUCGCCGCAACUGGGAUUGGCCGUGCCGGAGGAUGAGUCGGAAAGCUCCUCCAGCAUGUGGAAUGGUUACAUGCCCCACAUGGAGGAUUCCGACUCGGAUGGCAUUGAGUUUGUGGACUCCGAUGGUCAGGUGGCUGUUUAUGAUGACGACGAUGAGGAUGACAGCAAUAAGGAGGAUAAAAUAAUCUCGCCUCAUCCCCAAAUGCAAGUCAUGUACAUUCAGAUGGAGUUCUGUGAAAAGUGCACGCUACGCACCGCCAUCGAUGACAAUUUGUUUGAGAAUACGGAUCGUUUGUGGCGCUUGUUCCGGGAGAUUGCCGAGGGUCUGUCUCACAUACAUCAACAGGGUAUUAUUCAUCGCGAUUUGAAGCCGGUCAACAUUUUCCUCGACUCGCAUGAUCAAAUUAAAAUUGGAGAUUUUGGACUUGCGACUACAAGUUUUCUGGCUCUGCAAUCGCAUGCGGAAUAUCCAACACAUUCAGCAACUCAACACGUUACAUCGACGGAGGACAACACAGGCACUGGCAAAGUUGGCACUACGCUUUAUGUGGCACCUGAACUGACGGGAAAUGCUUCGAAAUCCGUUUACAACCAGAAGGUUGACAUGUACACACUCGGCAUUAUAUUGUUUGAGAUGUGUCAGCCGCCUUUCGAUACCAGCAUGGAACGCGCACAGACCAUAAUGGCAUUAAGAACUCCUUCAAUUGUCAUCCCAGAUCAACUGCUGCAGGAUGUCAAAAAUGAAAAGACUAUUAAGAUGCUACGCUGGCUGCUCAACCAUGAUCCCGCACAACGACCCACCGCUGAGGAGCUGCUAGUCUCGGAUUUGGUGCCACCAGCUGAACUGGAGGCCAAUGAGCUGCAGGAGAUGCUGCGUCAUGCGCUGGCCAAUCCACAGAGUAAAGCGUACAAGAAUCUCGUGGCACGUUGCCUGCAGCAGGAGAGUGACGAGGUGUUGGAGCACACGUAUCACCUGAGUAGUAGUCGUGCCAUGAAGUCCUGGAACUCGAUUGUUAUCGAUGACAUUGUCUCCCUCAAUCCACUCAUAGAGUUUGUGAAGGGAAAAGUGGUGAAUGUAUUCCGCAAACAUGGCGCCAUCGAGGUGGACUCCCCACUGUUAUCGCCGUUGUCCUCGCGCAACUGCAACUCCAGUGCCAUGGGCAAUGCAGUGCAUCUGAUGACGCACUCGGGUUGUGUAGUCCUACUCCCCUGCGAUCUGCGCACUCAGUUUGCCCGCCAUGUCACCAUGAAUGGGGUGAAUCUCAUACGUCGCUAUUGCGUGGAUCGCGUCUAUCGCGAGGAGCGUGUGUUUAACUUCCAUCCGAAGCAAAACUAUGAGUGCUGCUUCGAUAUUAUCACGCCAAGCACAAGCAGUCAGCUGGUGGAUGCGGAGCUGCUCUCCCUGGCCUUUGAAAUCACCUGCGAGUUGCCCAGAUUGCGGGAGAAAAACAUUGCCAUAAGAAUGAAUCACACGAAUCUAUUGCGUGCUAUUCUCAUCUUCUGUAAUGUGCCCAAGUCACAAUAUGGAUCACUCUUUGAGGGCUUUAUGGACUUCAUUGAGGGUCGCAUUUCGCGCUUUCAGUUUCAUUCCAGCAUCACGGUCAUCAUGGAGAAAUCACGCACCUCAGCGCAGACUUUGAUGGAUAUGUUGUUGGCCAACUUUCUGCUCACAGGCUCCAGGAGCAGCGUAGAUGAAUCCGCCUUAAAGUCACUGAUGAGGGGCAAAGGAGAAGCUGCCUCCUUAGCACGUGGUGCAGUGCGGGAUCUGGAAACUGUGGUGGGAUUAGCCUACAGUCUGGGUGUUCGGUGUCCCAUUCAUAUCUGGGCUGGGUUGCCCAUCAGCUUUGAGCGCGCUAGCAAUGGAGGCAUCGUGUGGCAAAUGACGGCGGAUCUGAAGCCAAAUCGCUCGGGGCAUCCUUCGGUUUUAGCGAAGGGAGAGCGCUACGACACCAUGUUGCAUGAGUUCCAGAAGCAGGCGCAGAGUUUCAAUGCCGCACUUCCAACACGUGGUGUGCUCAGUGGCGCUGGACUCUCCUUCUCGUUGGAUAAGCUGGUGGCCGCCGUGGGCAUGGAAUAUGCCAAGGAUUGUCGUGCCAUAGACAUUGGCAUCUGUGUGUGUGGCACGCGUCCUCCGCUCAAGGAUGUCACAUAUAUAAUGCGCCUGCUCUGGUCAGUUGGCAUUAGAUGUGGCAUUGUGGAGACGGCCAGUGGAGGCGGUGAUGAGGCACAGGACUUGUCCAGACUGGGUGCUCUCCAUGUCAUCCUGGUGGCGGAGAAUGGUGCCUUACGCGUGCGUUCCUUUGAUCGCGAUCGUUUCCAGGAGCGCCAUGUGACGAGAACUGAACUUGUGGAGUUCAUACAGAAGAUGCUGCGCAGCGAGGCGGCCAACGGAGGAGGAUCUGUCGGCGGAGGCAUCGAAUACAGCAGCCAGCUGUCCAGCAUGAGCAGCAGUGGCGGUGGUGGACGCGGCGACAACGGUCUGAGCUCCGCCAGCAGCAGUGUGAACAUCAAGAAUAGCUACAGUCAGAUGCCCAAUGUGCAGGUGACAUUCCUCACCCACGACAAGCCGACGGCGAACUAUAAACGUCGUCUCGAGAAUCAGGUGGCUCAUCAAAUGAGCUCCACCUUAGCGCAGUUCAUCAAAAAGGAAUCGUUUGUGGUGCUGGUGGUGGAUUUGCCGCCAGCAGUCCUCAAUGCCAUUGUUGGUGCCAUCAAUCCGCGAGAGAUGCGCAAAAAAGAGACUGAACCCGAAAUGAAUUUUGUGAUCGAAAGAUUUCCGAAGUAUAGACGCUAUAUAUCUGAAAUACACGAUGAGGUUGUGGACCUACUAAGUGAUGCCAAGACACCAAUUGUCGCCUUGUACAGCAUUUCUGAUUCCUAUUAUCGUGUAAUUAUCUAGGAAAAUCGGAGAAAGUCAACUGAAUACCACUGCAAAGUAAUUUCAUUUAGCUUUAAGUUAAAAUUUGUAGAAAAAUAAGAAAGUGCCAAGCUAUUUUCUAAAAGUGGCAACCAAAAAGAAUCAUCAUUUAUAGUUACACAAGAUCCAUAGGAAAAAGAGGUUGAAAAACAACAGUUAAAAAAGCAAGGUGUUUUGUUAAAUUUAAAAUUUCAA